GCACAGACUGCUGGGAUGCCGCCGCUUCCCUCUCGACCUCCCAGUUUCCCGGCGUGCCUCGGGCCCGCCAAAUGGGAGGGGGAGACGCAAGAUGGCGGCAGCCGCGAACUCCGGCUCCAGCCUCCCGCUGUUCGACUGCCCGACCUGGGCAGGUAAACCCCCACCUGGCUUACAUCUGGAUGUAGUGAAAGGAGACAAACUAAUCGAGAAACUGAUUAUUGAUGAGAAGAAGUAUUACUUGUUUGGGAGAAACCCUGAUUUGUGUGACUUUACCAUCGACCACCAGUCUUGCUCUCGAGUCCAUGCAGCACUGGUUUACCACAAGCACCUGAAGAGAGUUUUCUUGAUAGAUCUCAACAGCACUCAUGGCACUUUCUUGGGUCACAUUCGGUUGGAACCUCACAAGCCUCAGCAGAUUCCCAUCGAUUCCACGGUUUCAUUUGGUGCAUCCACAAGGGCAUACACUCUGCGAGAGAAGCCUCAGACAUUGCCCUCGGCUGUGAAAGGAGACGAGAAGAUGGGGGGAGAGGAUGAUGAACUCAAGGGCUUGCUGGGACUUCCAGAAGAGGAGACGGAGCUUGAUAACCUGACAGAGUUCAACACUGCCCACAACAAACGGAUUUCAACCCUCACUAUUGAGGAGGGAAAUCUGGACAUUCAGAGACCAAAGAGGAAGAGGAAGAACUCACGGGUGACUUUCAGUGAGGAUGAUGAGAUCAUUAACCCAGAGGAUGUGGACCCCUCUGUCGGCCGCUUCCGGAACAUGGUGCAGACUGCAGUGGUUCCAGUCAAGAAGAAGCGGAUGGAAGGCUCCGGCUCUCUGGGCCUGGAGGAGACCGGGAGCAGGCGCAUGCAGAACUUUGCCUUCAGUGGAGGACUCUACGGGGGCCUGCCCCCCACACAUAGCGAAACAGGCUCCCAACCGCACGGCAUCCAUGGGACAGCACUCAUCGGUGGCUUGCCCAUGCCAUACCCGAACCUCGCCCCUGACGUGGACUUGACUCCUGUUGUACCGUCGGCGGUGACCAUAAACCCCACACCAAACCCUGCCGUCUAUAACCCUGAAGCUGUAAAUGAACCCAAGAAGAAGAAAUACGCAAAAGAGGCUUGGCCGGGCAAGAAGCCCACACCUUCCUUACUGAUUUGAUAUUUUUGGCUAUGGAGAGGGUGGGAUGGGUGGGGAUGGGUGGAGGGCUGACUAGGGGAGCUAAUGAACUAGGGAGAAAACUUUCCAUUGUGCGGUAUUGUCUUUCAGAAAGUCUCUGGGGUCCUAACCAUGUACUAUUGGGACUGGGGUGGAGCCAGAGUACCAGUUAGAGACCUGAGUCAGAACACUUGAAGUGUGGAGAAAGGCUUCCCAGGCCCCAAGAGACUGCCCUGGUGCUCUCCCUGUGCCGCCGCCUCCUAGGACCGUUUUCAUACGAAGUCGCACACAUAGAUGGAAUCCAGAGCUAUGGAGGAGGCGGUAACCUCAUUUAAAUCCAUUUCCCUUGUGAGUCCCAGGUAGCAAAAUGGUUGCCAUGGAUCCCAGGUUGGUGGGCAUUCUUCAUUUAAACCAAGGUGUAAACUCAAGUGUUCUCUUUGGUCCGUGGUUUUGAGGUCCAGUAGUUAGGCCUUUCUCCUCUGUGACUUCUGCUGGAGUCAGACCAUUUUGAGUUCCCCUUGUCAGUGGCCAGUGUCACAGGCAGGGGCUAUGGGUUUUAACAGUGUUGUUGGACUAGACCUGUUUUCCUUGUCCACACUGAACACUCCACUUGCCUAGUUCUCAUUUAGUCCGGUGCUGCCCUCAUCGUGACAUCACCUUUUGUGUGUGCCAUGAGGCAGUUUCUUAAGAAUAUGACCACUUAGGGUGGCUUACGUUGAACAGGAAAAAACUGCUUUGCAAGGACCAGGUUUGUGUCAGGAGGACAUGCUCAGCUGUUGGUUUGGAGGCUCCCCCACCCCCCACCCCCAGUGGAGAGUUCUGGUUAUUCAGAGCUCCAGGCUAGACCUGGCUAACAGGAGACGAGGGAGGAGCCCUUGUCUGGGCUUUGUACAGACUUGUACAUUUGUGUAAUAGGCCUUUUCUGCUUUAGUGUAGCUUUUUACCUGUAACCUUUAUUACAUUGUAAAUUAAAUGUAACUUUUGUCA